GGGGGAGGGGCAGAGCGGCCGUCCGUUUCCAGCGCAGUGAUCGUGCCGGGGCGCGUGAGGCGCGAUCCGAGAAGAUGCUACUGUGAAGUUGUAUAAAAAAAGCAAGAAGCCUGGUGUAAAAUUGCUGCCAAAGCAGUGAUGAUUAUACAAAGAGUAGUGCUGAACUCGCGCCCUGGUAAGAAUGGAGUGCCAGUGGCUGAAAACUUCCGACUGGAGCAAAGUACAAUAUCAGAUACAGUCCAAGAGGGACAAGUCUGUGUUAGAACCCUCUAUCUCUCUGUGGAUCCUUACAUGCGUUGCCGAAUGAAUGAAGAUACAGGCUCAGAUUACCUCCUGCCCUGGCAGCUGGCUGAAGUUGCUGAUGGUGGAGGCAUUGGGAUUGUGGAGGAGAGUAAGCAUGACAACUUCACUAAAGGAGAUUUUGUAACUUCCUUUAAUUGGCCUUGGCAGACGAUGGCCAUUCUAGAUGGAGGCUUGCUGCAAAAGCUUGUUCCACAACUUGUAGAUGGACGCCUUUCCUUCUUUCUUGGCGCAGCCGGUAUUACAGGCCUGACUGCCUUGUUAGGUAUAAAAGAGAAAGGACAUGUGAGCGCAGGCGCAAAUCAGACAAUGGUGGUGAGCGGGGCAGCUGGUGCCUGUGGUUCUUUGGCUGGUCAGAUUGGCCGUCUGGAGGGAUGUACUAGAGUCGUGGGGAUUGCUGGCACAGAUGAGAAGUGCUCCAUUUUGGUCUCAGAAAUGGGGUUUGAUGCUGCUAUCAAUUACAAGAAGGGGAAUGUGGCAGAGCAGCUACGUGAACUCUGCCCAGGUGGUGUGGAUGUUUACUUUGACAAUGUUGGUGGAGACAUCAGUGAUGCAGUUAUAAAUCAGAUGAAUCAGAACAGCCAUAUAGUCCUGUGUGGACAGAUUUCUCAGUAUAAUAAAGAUGUGCCUUAUCCUCCUCCACUGCCUCCUGAGGUAGAAAAAAUACGGAAAGAAAGGAAUAUCACAAGGGAAAGAUUCUUGGUGUUGAACUAUAUGGACAAACAAGAAGCUAGCGUUUUACAGCUUUGUCAGUGGAUCAGAGAAGGUAAACUGAAGGUCAGAGAGACUGUGGUAGAAGGCUUGGAAAACAUUGGUGCUGCUUUCCAGUCCAUGAUGAGUGGAGGCAAUAUUGGAAAACAGAUUGUCUCAGUUUCUAAGUAGAAAUCAUUGCUUCAGGAAAAAUGAACUUGAUCCCAUCUCUCAUAAUAAGGAAGUUUAAUUUAUCCUAAUUUUCAUUUUCUUAAAUAAACUACUAAGUUGUUCUGUGUAUACUAUAAGCAGAGAUUCUGGGAUGCUAAGGCAGCACUUGUGCUGGUAAACUAAGCAGAACCAGAAACAGGAAUGCAAUUUUUCAUACUAGUAAACAGCAAUACCCUCUUUGAUGUGAUUUCUGCACGUGCCAGCUAGCAUGCUCCCACACAAGUUCUGAGUUUGGUCUGGGAGUCAGAACAUCCUCAAGAAAUAUUUCCAAUAAGCGAUUUGUAUGCAGCCACCCAGUUUUGGAAGCUAAAAGAAUUUACUAGCAUAGAUGUACACCAUUCCCACGGUAGUUUGUCACAGUGCCCUGAAACUUCUCUAGGAAUGUUUAAUAAUUACUUAACGUAUGUUUAAAGGAAAGUUUAAUUACUUAACUUGUCUAGGAAUGUUUAAUUCACUAGUGUGAGUUUACCCUGACAGUCAAAUCAGCUAAUUAUCUUGUUCUUGUUUUUACAAAUUAUUGCAAUGAACAAACUUCCACUCCUCUCUCUUGUCCAUUUCUCUGUAUUGUAUCAUCUACCCUAUUGUCAGAGUGCUUGAAACCUAAAUCAUUUACGUUUCCUAUCUGUGUGCAGCUGAGACUGUGAUCAUGUUGUCCAAAAUCUGGGUUCUGUUACCCAAGGUUAUCAGAGGUAGGUUCGGCUGCAAGGCUAGCCUCCUGCUUGUUUAUCAAUUUCAUUUUCCCACUCUUUGCUUUCCAGAUUUAACUCUAAAAAGAAAAUUUAUUUCAUUUUAAAAAAUCUUAUUUCUGUGAUAAUCUCCCUAAUUUCACUAGUUUGCUGUUUUUUACACCUUCCCGGGGUAACUCUCUCAGUUCCCAGGGACUGAGAGAGAAUCUCAGAAGCAUGCUCCUGAGGACAGACAGUAACUUUGCGGAUAAUUGACUUUGUGUUCUCUCAGUAUCUUAUCCUGGCUCAGAAUUUUCAGUGCAACAGAGCUCUUUUACCAUCACAGUAGGGAAACUUGAAAAAAUGAGUCACUGUUUCCAAGUCUAAUAACAGAAUGGCAGGGCAUUUGACUAGCAUAAUCCCACAGUAAAGGGACUGAUGAGAUUAAGUACAUGUCUUCAAAAUCAAGAAGCAGAAAAGAGAAUAGAUUUUAAAAACAUUCGAAUUCUGGUAUUAUGUAAAUUUAGAUACAUUAGCACAGUCUCAUUUAGACAGUAAGAUCAUUCAUGACACAUUCUGAUUUGCAAGAGAUUAAUUUGUUUGCUUUUAAGAGAGGUGUUUCCAAGCAAAAAUAUCAGCUGAACUGUCCAGAGGAUCGAUCCUCUAAAUCUGCUUGAGUCACUACUCAGGCUUAAGUUAUGUUGAAUUCAAGACCUAGGAAAAAAACACUUUCCAAGAAAUUUGGUAUUAUGAAUCAAUUUGCAACCUGUGGAAAGUAAGACAGUGGAUAGCAAAUUGGCCGUAUACUGUUUUGAGCAGUAUAGAAAACAAUCCCUUCAUUUCCUGAUGCUGAAGCUGACCCUGAAAAAAAAGGAAGCAUGCAGUGACUGAUGCUGUAGACUUAGAGAAGGACACGUUCAGGAUAGCACUAUUGUAGAUUAGCAGUAUUAGUUGAUCUAAAUUUUUCAACUCUUCACUUUUGCACUGCAAGCAGUGACUGGUUCAGUUUCAGCUAGACUAUAAAUGCAGCAUCAAUGUAACUCAAGUACCCUUAAAUAACAAUGUUGGUAAAUGAAGACACAGAAAGCAACAGGCGGGUGAAAUCCUGUGAAUUUCGGCUUAUUGACUGUCUAUAGAUUGUAACUCACUACUGAAAGCUGGGCAAUGCAAGCGAUAGGCUCGUAAUUAACACGAAUGUUAAAUGAGAUGGUGGGACUACAACGAUCUGAGCACUUUCUAUUUAGACUUGGAUUCAUCUCAUGUCAGCUGAGGAUUUAAACCGGAGGGAGUUAAUGGGAAUACAGCCUUUCCAGACAGAUCGAGCUACUCUAAUGAGUGUGCUGCAGUGUCCUGUCAUGUGGUUUUAUUCUCCUUCUUCCCUUUUUUUCCUUCCUUUUACCUGCUCACACACAGACAUACUUUAGAUAGAUAAGAGUUUCUACCCUAUAUACUGUUACCCCAUGUAUGUGCCAUUCUGCUGUGAAAUUUCUGUCAGGAAGAAGUUGGCCUUAAUGCACUUUACUGCAGUUGUUAAAUCUUUUUUGAACAAACCUUCUAAUCCUUACAGUUCUUUCGUAAAGCCAAUACCCGAGCAGAGAAGAAAAUGGCUCAGUUCAUGUGUAUGACCAACAGUAAAGGAAGCAGUCCGUACCCCAGCAGUGAACCUCAUCUUACUGGAGGCUCAGUAGCUACUGCUCCUGAAAAUUGUACCAGUGCAAGAGUAGUUUUACAAACGAGAAUAGUAGUAUUGCUAUUGCUGAUGAGUUGAAAUAGUAUCAAUUUUAAUUGGCAGCAGAAAGUUUUCCAUUAAAUUUGUUUGUCUAUUUAUACAUAAAUAUAUACAGCUUUUUCAGGUAGAGUCUUCCAUGAUGUUCUUCCAUUUUCUUCCAACCUUGAAGAGUCACCUCUUUUUUCAUAUAUAAGUUAAUAGGCCGUACAACUCACAUUUUCCUGUAUUUAGUUUACUCCAAUAUAUGUUUCUUUCAGUUUCAACAACCAGUUUUGAGAGAAAACCUUUUUUUAAUUCUUAAAAACCCUUCUUCCACUUUCAUCCCAGACAGCUUGGAAGCAAGUAUACAAAGACAGUAGUAUCCAGAGCACCCUAAUUAUUUAAAAUUUCUGCAUAUUUCAAAAGAUGCUUCAACUAUGAAUUGUAGUAAAUUUGUCUAACACAAAUGUAAGGCAGACAUUGUAACAUAACCGUUACUGAAAAGGCAUGAAAAUGUUGUUUUCCCUUUAGAUGUUAUAGACGAAGGCAUAAUUACGCUUAGUCAAAUCCUGACGUAUUUUUGUUUCCAGAGUUGCAUUUGCUUGUCCGAAGUACAACAUUUGUACUUUUGAGUGGGUUUGCUGAAGAGCUAUUUCUAGAGUGAGCUCAUAUCUGGCUGGCAGGACGAGCUGACACACCUUCCAGGAAUGACAGUCCUCUAGGAAGUUACUUCACAACUGAAAUAAAAUGUGAUAAAGAAAAUUCCCGACAUUACCAUUUUCAGAGCAAUUGCUCAGUAAUGCACACAAGUCAUAAGCCUAUUAAAGGGUGAUGCAGGAUGAGCUCAUGCUGAGAUAUUGAUCCUUCAUGCAGUAAAGGCAGCUUUACUAUGCCCUUGCAUUCCCGUGCUUCGCUAAACUGCAGCGAGGGGGAUAUAGGUUCUACCAACAUUAGUCAAGUGGCUAUAGGGGAAAAGAAAGACAGUGACAAAGUAAACCUCAGCCUGGUACCCUGGAUACUUAGGGUUCUCUCAGAAGCACUUUAUAUUUGUGAAUCCUGGCUCAUGUUGCUUGUUUAGAAUAAAUAAAAGCCAAAGGGAGAAAAUGGUUUCAAGCAAGUAUCUAUGUAAAUAAAUAAAUAAAUAAACAAACUAAAAAACCGUAA